AUGGCACCACCACCAUCAACGUCAAUAGUCUUUGAUUAUCGGACUCAGGUGAUAGAUAACUGCGAGUUCUUCGUGGGAAGAGAUGACAUCGUCACGGUUGUGACCGUCAAAGAGCCCACGGGGGACUUCAAGGCGUACGCGAUACGAUGCAACGAUGUCGCUCGAGAUGCCUUAGUGUCAUCCGACUCGUUCGACACGGUCCAGAAGGCCAUAGAAUCCCUGCAUAUGAAGUCGGCUGAGGCGGUGCACCAGUACAUCACCACCAAUGGCUUCUCCAUGCCGCCCGACCUCAAGGGCGCCAAGCUCGACUCGGAUGCCGACGACGACGCUGCGUCGCUUGCCUCCUCCGGCCAGACCGCGUCUUCCACCGCCGCCCUCUCUGAGUGGGAUAGUUCGGACGAGGAGGCUAUGAUAGCCGAGGGUUUUGCCACAUUUAACGGCGGCAGACCCCGUCCCUCAGCCCGCAAGAACCGCAAGCCAACCGCGCAUGGCAAGAAGCCGCGCGAUCUUGGCGACCUCGAAAACGAGUCUGAUGAGGAGCAAUGGAUGCAGCCCAUGCGUCUCCGUCACGGCAGCCCCGUGCGCUCGGCCUCGAGUGCGAAUCAUCCGCCGCCAGGGCCGCCGGCAUGGCCUGGUGGUCCCCCACCACCUCGUGCGCCUGUGAUGUCGAUGCAUCCUCAGCAUGCGCAUAUGCAGCACCAUCCGCCACCGAUUCAGUUUGCAGGCGUUUCGCAUCCGGGUCAUCACUACCCACAAGGUGGCCCAGCAGUGUCACCACUAUCCCAUCCAUCGCUGAAUACCAACAUGCUUCCCCUGCAUCCUCCUGGUACUCUUCGAUUCAAUGUCCCUCAAUCUACUUCUCCUCCCACCGCAGGCCGUGGACCAGUCCACUGUCGGUCUAUGGCCUCCCUCCCGAACCCAGCGGCCGCAGCCCCAGCAGCAGCACCCAGCCCUCCCGCUCCCGGUCCCCACGCCAACAACACUCAGCACAAAUCCAUCGCCACGUACGCCUUCCCCCACCCUCUCGACAGCACCCGCGUCUACGACGUGCGGCUCACGAUCCGGUGGGGCCACCACGGCGAGCAGCGCAUCAUCGAGAGCUGCCGCGCGUCGGUGCGCGCGCUGCAGGACGCGGCGCUGGCCUACGUCGCGGCGCACCCCGACUCGUUCGACCAGCAGCCCCCGCCGAACCCGAACCCGAACCCGAACAACCAGCAGCACGUCACGGCGCGGUUCUGGAACGAAAUCGGCGCCGUCGCGGACCGUGGCGCGGCGUGUCUGCGCGCCAGCGUGCGCCGCGCCUUCUUCGGCGGGCCCGACGAUAAGGAGGGCUCGUAUGAUAUGAGCGCGUACCGCGGCGACGAUUUGACUAAGCUUUUUAAUGUGCUGGGCGCGGGCAGUAUCCCGCGGUUUGAGAUUGAGGUCGAGUUUGUGGGGUUUGAGGCUCAGGGGGGUGGUAUUGGUAAGGGUGUUGGUGGGCAUCCGGGACAGGGACAGGGCCAGGGCCAGAGAAUGAUGUCUCUUGGUGAGUAUCCCUCUGCAAGGCAGGAUGCCUUUCUAAGGCAGGGGCGUGGAGGUGGUGGUGGGAAGGGGGGGAAGGGGGAGAAGGGGGAGAUGGGGGAGAUGGGGGCUCGUUAG